UCAAUAUCGAGAAAAAAAGGACAUAUCGAGUGGAAAAAAAAUUGAGUAGCAUUCCUGGAUAACAUAUUGCAGAUGAAAAUACUCGAUUUAGAUACCCGAGGUUUAUUCGUACCGACUGGAAUUCGAAAAUUGAUAAUAGAUACUAAAGCUCAUCAACAAUAUCUGCAAAGUUUGACAACCAAUAAAACAUAUGUACCUGUACAAUUAUUAGAGGAUAUUGAUGUGAUUGUAACAGAGGGUGUGGAAAUUCAUAACAUUAGGGUCAGUGAGAUUGCUCGAAAGAAACCUGUCAGUGAUCCAAUUAUCGAAGAACAUAAAUUCAUUGCUUAUCGUGACAGAAGGGAAAUGUCAUUACGCGAAAUAUUAAGUUUAUUUAUGCAUAUUAUUCUUGAGAAUAUACUAAUGAUGAAAGUGAAAACAAUAGAACUCGUUGAGGAUAAUGACAAUAUAUCUGCAGAGAAACUUGUUUCUCCAAUGUUCAGAGACAUUCUAGCCAAUUUACCUUCGAUUCAAGCAAGCAUUAAUUUAUUUGCACCACCAAAGAAAUUUGGCGAAGAAGACAUUCUUAAAAAUGUUGAAAUUUCAGAUUCAAUAAAAUUACGGAGAGAUGAUGUAGCGAUAUUAGCAAUUGGAUGUUGUUUAUUAACCAAUGAAAAAAAGGACAGUUUAAAACAACUUUUAAAAUCUACAAAAGAUGGAGCUUUCCUUUUAUCGCGCGAAAAAGAAAAUAUGCCAUUGGACUUUUCUAUUCUUAAGGAAUUUCAAUUAGGUAUAGUUUUGGAGAGACGUACUUCAGAAGAAUCGUGGAUAUUAUUAAGAAAGAUCAAGAAAAUUUUGAAAUAUACUCAGUUUAUUAAUGUUAGGAGCAAUGAAUUUAAUUGGUUGAAAGAAGUACAAAAUAUGCUUGCCAAUGAAACACAAGAAGAUAACACGAGGGUAAUACUUUUUCAGGAGAGAAACUUUGAAUCUGGUCUCCUAGGAUUCAUUAAUUGCUUACAAAAAGAACCUGGAGGUAAAAUCUUUCGAGCUGUUCUAAGUCAGGAUCUUAAAUACCCGAAAUUUUCUUUAGAAUUGUCCCUUUAUUCAGAACAACUCGAAACCGAUCUUAUCAUCAAUGUUUUACGACCUGGAAACGUAUAAGGAUCAUAUAGACAUCAACUACUUCCAUCUGGUGAACCAAAGCUUAUGUAUCAUGCCAUUGUUAAUCAGUUGUCACGCGGAAAUUUAAGUUCAUUAAGAUGGCUCGAAAGACCAAUUACGAAAGACUAUCAAAAGGAAGAUCUUGUUCGUAUCCAUUAUGCAUUGUUGAACUUUAGAGACGUGAUGUUGGCAACAGGUAAAAUAGGAUUAGAUGUGUUUCAACAGGACAGAAAAAAUGUUGACAACGUACUUGGAUUUGACUAUAGCGGAAUCAGUACCGGUGGUCGACGUAUUAUGGGACUUAAUCCAAACAAGAAAAUAAAAUGAAUAAU